AUGCUUGUGGCAAUGUCAAUAGUAUUCGCACUUCUGGCAAUGGUCACAGGGACGUCAUGCUUUUUCUACCCUUUCCUUUUUGUAGUACCAAAAGACAUUCAGAUUUUUGAAUUCGUCAAAUCAUUGGCGUGGUUUUCUUUGCUAACACUGAAGUUCAGUUCACCUAUCAGAUAUCAAGCAUUGGUCAAAGAGAAAGGUGAUGCUUGGGCCUUGUUAGGGCUGGACACACUACAGGAUUACACCAAAACUACUAGAGAGGACGAUGAACUUGUAUACUUAUGGUGUGGUUUCUGCUGUUUCUAUUUUGCUCUGUUAGCGAUAACACUUGUAAAAACGAUCACAGAAUAUCAAGUAGAUGAGGACCGUCGUAUAGUUGCAAAUGGCGCGCUGAAAGAGUUGAAGCUUCUCCAUCUGCACUGUUUUCAGCAUCGCCGUCAGAACAACCCUUACGUCUUUCCUGCUGUUGGUCCAUACCCCCAUGUAGUUGUGCUACCAGCCGAGCCGGAAAUGGGAAAUACGAAUCCCGAUGACCCUCCUGCAUAUUCGGCCAUAGUUCGGAACGUUGAAGAUUCUGGUGAAACGGCAAAAGAAGAGACCCUCCCUCCUCGAUAUUCGGACCUGGAACUCAGCUCGUCAUCAUCAUCCUCAGGAUCUGGAACCCCUGAAAGAAUCGGGAGCGGCAUCCAGGGAGCUCCUAAUAAAACGAACAAGACGAUAACGAUACGAGAAAAAUGA